UUCGGGAGUUAGUAGUCUAGUAUAAUAUAAAAAUCCGUGGCUCACACAGUUGACACGAUCAUUUGUGUUUGACGAAUGCGGAGAGGUGCAAAGUUUCGUCGUCGGUAGGGAACGAACAAUGCGAGUAAGCGACAGUAAUGACCUUGUGAAAUUGUGGAAUUGAUGAAAAGCGAAAAAUGUGCGAUAGAGAAAAUGAAGCAAUCGCUCGCGGUGUGUUUUUCGUGCCUUUAUAUUCAGCGUAAAGUUUGACAAUCGUAAAUCAGCGCAAACUCGGGUGUGCGGAGUGUUUGCAUCGACCCGACUGUCGUACGCUAAUUUGACAGGUGGUGCUUGUUACACCUGUUAUCCGCGUGCUCUGAACUUAGAGGGAUUUUAACGCUCUCGCACUAUGUUCGCUACCUUGAAGAACAAGAUACGUGAGGAAAUCGGGAGUGACGUGUCCACCGUUAUCAGAAAUGCCGGGAGUAUACGCGCCAUUAAUUCCAAACAUGUGUCUCAGACAGGUUCUACAAGUAGUGUUAGUGGUUCUCAGGUAUCAUUAGAUGGAUUGAGGGAAGAAAAUACAUCUCCAUUACCAUCAGUUUCAUCAAAAGGAGAGAAUAGUCUUAAUGAUGGAAUACAGUUAUCCACAAAAGAUAUAAAAAAGUGUGAAAGUAAGGAAGAUGAAUGGAAGAAACGUUUAGCAAAGAAAGAGGCAGAAAUUUUGAAACGUAUGGAAAAACAAGAAGAAGAAUGGAAAGUUAGGCUUUUUGAAAAAGAGAAAGAAUGGAAAAAAAUCAUAGAAAAACAGGAGAAAGAAAAACGGAGAUUAGAAGAAGAGAUAAAAAAGAUAGAAAUAGCGAAACAGUCUUUAGAGCAUGCUCUUAAAGAUGCAGAAGCGAAAUUUAAUUCGCAUAUUAUGGCUUUGAUAAGAUUUGCCAGGGAGGCUUUAUAAGAAAAAAAUAAAGCUAAAUAUAUUCUAAUAAAAAAGCCCAGCGAACAAUGUUUGGUAACCAAUGUUCACUUUCAGGAUGAAAUGGAGACGAUGCGUCAUUCUACGCAGCGAGAGAAAGCGCAGCUUUCCUGUCAGUUAGCACAUACGGAGGAGGAAGUACGUCAUCUGAAGGACAAAGUGUUCGUGCUGGAGCAAAGGAUCGCUCUGGAAACAAACGACCAAGUGACGGUUGACGAAAGAAUAGCCGAUCUAAUGCGCGAGAGGACGUUGUUGGAAAGGAAGUUGGAAGAGGCGCAUCUUCAUCUCUCCGAUAUAAAGACUUGCUGGUCUGGCAAGAUUUCUAGUCUUGAAACGCAAGUUGGCAGACUUAGUAGGCAAGUAGGCGAGGAAGGACUGGAGCGCAGACAAGUCGAGCAGGAGAAAGAGAAACUUAAACACAGAAUCAAACAGCUAGAAGCCGAGAUAGAGGUGAACAAUAUUGUUAUAACUACAAAAGACGCUAAGCUUUUGCGCAUGACAGAAGACAUUGACGAGAUGGCUACGGAACUGAAAGAGCUCCGGGCCAGCGUCGAUGACGAGGUGGAAGAAUUUAAACGCCAAAUUGAAUCUUCCUCAAAACAGAUUACUCAGCUGAAAUUGGAUCUCGAGAAUACGACGAGCAAACUCAGUGAUGUUACUAACGAGUUAGCAAAUCUUCGAUCGUCCUUGGAAAGGGAACAAUCGAAUAAUUCUUCUUUACGUCUAGAACUGGCAUAUCUACAAGAAAUUCUCGAAUCUGAACGAUCAACUACAGCGGAACUGCGAAUUUCCUUCAAGAAAGAGAAAGAUGAGAAAGAUGCUGCUUUGCUGAGGAAUGCCCAGGUAUCUCAAGACAUAGAAAUUGUGAAGCAGGAGAAUCGGCAGCAGGAGAUCGAGAACAUGGAGCUGCAGAGUAGAGUAGAAAAUCUGGAAGAUCAUCUAGUUGGUAAAGUGAAAGAAGCAGAGCAAGCGGCGAUCACAUUAAAACAAUUUGAGCAGAAAGUUGCAAAACUAGAAGAAGCAGAACAUAACAGAGAAAAAAUGGAAAGAAAUGAGAGAAUACUUAAAAACAAUUUGUUAGAUCUGGAAGAACAAUUAAGUGAGAAAAAUAAGACAAUCAAAGUUUUGCAGCAACGGUUAACUGAUAUGAAGAAAACGCUUCAACGCGAGUUGAAAAUUCCGUCCUCGUCGUUGGAUAGUGACGCUGAAGCUUCUGCAGCUAUUCUUAAUCCAAGUUCAUCCAAAACCGUCACUGCCAAGCAUAAUAAUUCGAGGGAAGAUGACGUUAAUUUUAAAUAUCUAAAACACGUUCUCAUCAAAUUCCUCACUAGCAGAGAAUAUGAGGCUCUGCAUUUAACGAGGGCAGUGGCGACAUUAUUACACUUUUCGCCAGAGGAAGAACGUCUACUUCAGGAAACUUUAGAAUGGAAAAUGUCAUGGUUCGGUACCAGGCCUAACUUAGGAUUUGGACAAACUGCCAAAGCUAUACCACCCAGCUGAUAAUUAUAAGAUGUUUCGUACUUAACGAAACGUAUUAGAGCAAACGUAAAUUCUUGUUUGAAGUGAUCAAUAUGUAAAUCACUGUAGUUUGAAGUGAUUUACAUAUUAAAACAGCCACAACUAAUUUAAAGGAUAUAAAAAAUAAUUAGAAAAAUUAUAUAAAGUCAUAAAUGAUGAUUUUACAAAGUUUAAUAUGCACAUUUAACAUUUGUGCAAAUAUAAUAAACAAACUAUGAUAAAUGGCUAUGUGUAUGAAACUUCAUUGUGGUAAAAAGUGACUUUGUGAAAUUUGAUAAGAUUUUAUGAAUACAUCAUUAAUUAUUAAUUUAUUUCAUAGAUUUGUUAAUAUAUGUAAUACUGAAGUGCAAUUUUGAUUGCUAAACUGAACUAUUGUGCGUGAUGGAUUGUGAUACUUUGUGCACGUAUAAAUCAUGAUACAAAUGCAGUUCUGAUACGA